AUGAAGAAGAUACUCCGUUCCAGUAGUCGUGCCGAGAAACCCCCGGCCGAGAUGAGCACGACCGGCGGUUCCACCGAUGACAGCUCCGAGUCUCCGGCUUCCACCCCCUGCGACGUCGACGACCACAACGAUUCCUCCUGUUCGAGUUUACCCCAGACCGUCUCCUUCUUCGCCCACCCGCAGCAUGAUCUGACGUUAGUCUCCAAGGUCGACGAAGUGAAGGGAUCAGAGGGCGAGUGCAAGCUUUGCUUCGAGAAGCUGGAUGCCACGUUCUACCACUGCAAGGCGUGCCUGCUUAGCUACCAUCCGAUGUGCGCGCAGCUGUCGCCCACGCUGACUGAGUCAGCGUCGCACCCGGAGCAUGAGCUGGCGCUGGUCCCGCAUCUCCCCGGCGUUUGCCUCGAGUGCAAGGAGAGCAUCAAGUUAUGGCGCUACCGGUGCGCGCCAUGCGGAGUGGACCUCCACCCGCAGUGUGCCUUACCCGGUUUACCUCUCACCGUCUCCUUCUUCGGCCACCCGCAGCAUGAUCUGAAGUUAUCCUCGAGAGCUGAUGAAGCGCAGGGAUCAGAGGGCAAAUGCCUGCUUUGCUUCACGAAGCUGGGUGCCUCGUUCUACCAUUGCAAGUCGUGCCUGGUGAACUACCACCCGAUGUGCGCGCUGCUGCCGCCCACGGCGAGCGGCGCUUCGUUCCACCCUGACCAUGAGCUGGCGCUCGUCCCGCAUCUCCCCGGCGUCUGCGAGGCGUGCAAGGAGGACAUCAAGAUAUGGCGUUACCGAUGCGCGUCGUGCCGAGUCGACCUCCACCCACAGUGCGCCGGUGUUUCCAUAGAAGUCGGCGCAGGGAGCCUUCAGAUCCAAGACCAGGAGAAGGACACUGGCAGCAGCUCUGGCCGCCAGUUGCAGCGCCAGUGGACCAAACGGGGCCGUGUCGCGGGCAAGUUUGUGCUGAGAGUUGGGCUCAACGCAGCAGGUGCCAACGUCGGAGUACCGCUGGGGAACCUUCUCAUCAAGUAG